GACGUCAUCCGGGCGCGCCCCCGCCGGCCGGCCGGGGCACGAUGGUGGCGGGCGCGUUCCCGCUGGCCAAGCUGCUGACGCUGGGCGCGCGCCAGCUCAGCCGCCCCCUGGCCGCGCGCAUCAAGGCGGGGGCGCGCGCGUCGCCGUUCUUCCGCACCUACAUCUGCCUGCCCCCCGCGCAGCUUUACCACUGGGUGGAGAUGCGCACCAAGAUGCGCCUCCUGGGUUUCCGCGGCGCCGCCGUCAAGCCGCUCAACGAGGAGGCGGCGGCCGAGCUGGGGGCGGAGCUUCUGGGCGAGGCGCUCGUGUUCGGCGUGGGCGGGCUCUGCCUCUACCUCGAGUACCUGCGGCAGGCGGGGCAGGGCCGGCGGCGCGAGGAGCACCUGGACCACGCCCUGGCCGAGCUGCGCCAGCACCUGGACGAGCUCAGGGCGGAGCUGGAGGCCAUGCGGGGGCGGGGAGGGGCGGGGCUUGAUGAGGGAGGGGCGGGGCUUGAGUUGGGAGGGGCUGGGCACGCCCUGGGUGGAGCUGGAAGUGCCCAGGGAGGGGUUGGACACACCCAGGGAGGGGCGGGGCAUGGCCUGGGAGGGGCGGAGCAUAACCAGGGAGGGGUUGGACACACCCAGGGAGGGGCGGGGCAUAACCAGGGAGGGGUUGGACACACCCAGGGAGGGGCGGGGCAUAACCAGAGAGGGGCGGGGCAUAAUCAAGGACACGCUCAAGGAGGGGUGGGACAUAACCAGGGUGGACACGCCCAGCAAGGGGUGGGGCACAUCCAGGGAAGGGAUGGACACGCCCAGGGAACCUCAAGCCACUCCCAUGUAAGCUCAGGCCACGCCCAGUGUGAAGGUGGACACGCCCAGGGUGGAGCUGGACACGCCCAUGAAUGCUCAGGCCACGCCCAUGGAAGCCCAGGCCACGCCCCCAGCAAAGCUGUGAAUGGCGCUGCUGGAUCUGGACACGCCCCCGCUGGAUCAGGCCACGCCCCCCCACAUUAAACCGGCUCUGUGUGUUCUGUUCUGUGCCUUUAAGGGGCGGGGCUAAUGCAGAGGGUGGGCGUGGUCAGGUUUGGCGUGGCCAACAUGAAGGGGCGGGGCCGCACGACGAGGAGCGCUGUGAUUGGGGGGCAGGUGCUGAUGGCUCUGUGGAGUGGGCGUGGUUUCCUCUGAGGGGCGUGGCCAUCCAAGCCCCGCCCCCAAACAAAACCAUUUACAUUUAAUUUAAAUUUUUCCCGUAAAAAAACCGUUUAUUGGUGCAAAUAAAGUGAAAAAAC